CGAGGAGGAUGCAGAUAGACUGUGGCUUUUAGCCUUUUACUAGUGCUGACGCUCCAGUCAGGCCACCACCAUCGUGGGAGAGAAAGAAAGAGACAGACCACGUUAUCAAGCUAGCUGGCUAACCUCAGACCCUCAGCCCGCUGCGUGACAGAGGACCACAAACCCAGCCCUCCACGCCGGCCCACUUCCACCACCCGGGUUCUGUUAGGUGGGCCCCCUCUCAUCUCCAGCCCUGGUCGGUGGAGAUCGACUGCAGCGAGGGCUCCACGCUGUUCUGGCUUCCCUGUCAUGGCAUCCAACAGCAUCUUUGACUCCUUCUCCAACUACAGCAGCAGCCUGCUCAGAGAGCCGCCCACCACCAGACGGUUCACGCCGCCCUCCACGUCCUUCUCCUGCAGUAAGAUUGGAGACGGCAACGGGGCCAUGGCCACCCCGGGGCCCCUCAGGACAAGACCGGACACCAGGAACGUGGUAGACGUCUUGGCGGACCACGCCGGCGAGCUGGUCCGGACCGACAGCCCCAACUUCCUCUGCUCAGUCCUCCCGUCUCACUGGAGGUGCAACAAGACGCUCCCCGUGGCUUUCAAGGUCGUGGCUCUCGGUGAUGUUCCCGACGGGACUCUGGUCACCGUGAUGGCUGGGAACGACGAAAACUACUCGGCCGAGCUGAGGAACGCCUCGGCCGUGAUGAAGAACCAGGUGGCCCGCUUCAACGACCUGCGCUUCGUGGGCAGGAGCGGACGAGGGAAGAGCUUCACUCUGACCAUCACCGUGUUCACUGGACCGCCACAAGUGGCCACCUACCACCGCGCCAUCAAAGUCACCGUGGAUGGACCCCGGGAACCGCGCAGGCACAGAGUGAAGAUGGAAGACUCCAAGACGAUGCAGUUCUCGGACAGGCUGUCAGAGAUUGAGCGUUACCAGCGGUCUAUGCGAAUAGGCCCAGGGAACCCUAAUCCCCGCCCCAUCCAAACCCACCUCAGCUCCACACAAGCCCUGUGGCAGGAUCAAAUGGACACCCCCGCUCUGAAGACCUGCAAAGUGGAGGAGGACCUUAGACCAUGGCCAGGGACAACAGAUCUCUUCCAACAGAGGACCACCUUCCCAUCUCUGUCGCCACUGACUGACCCUCGCUUCUCAGACCCCCGCAUGCACUACCCCGGGGCCUUCCCUUACUCUGCCAACACCUCCAGCACUGGCAUCAGCGGCCUCAGCAUGUCAGCCUCAUCUAGAUACCACACCUACCUGCCGCCACCCUACUCAAACAACCAGACCCAGAACUUCCAGUCCAACUCCUACCUGUAUUAUGGCACAGGCUCUGGAUCCUACCAGUUCUCCAUGGUGGCACCGGGGAACACUGGGGGCGAGCGCUCCCCCACCCGCCUGCUGUCCUGCUCGGGGGCCGGGGGCACUGGAGGGACCAACAGCCUGAUGAACCCUGGCCUGAACACCCAGAGCGAGGGAGUGGAGGCCGAUGGCAGCCACAGCAACUCCCCCACGGCCAUGAGCGCUUCGGGCCGCUUGGAUGAGUCCGUCUGGAGGCCUUACUGACUGACAGACAGCUAGACAAUCAGGGGGUGCAGGAGAAGUGAGGGAGAAAAAGCAAAGAGGACAAUGAACAAAAAAAAAAAAAAAAGCUGAACACUGAAAGAAAAAAAAAAAAAAAGAGAAAUGUUGCAUGUUUGUCUUUUAUUUCUCUGGCACUCGCUUUAAAGACUUUCUGUGUUUUACCAAUUCUCCCGAGACUUCCAUAUAUUUUGUAAAUUUUGAGUGAACCCUUGCACUGUGCUAAAACAUGUACUCUUAAGGGACUAUAAAAGCCAUAUAAAUUAAGAUGAUGUUCAGCUGAGACUGUAAAAAGAGGUGAGGGUAAACACCAGUAGCCAUGGUAACGUUUCAGGAUCAUUUGUCUGGUGUAAAAAGGUAUUCAUCAAAGGCAAAAGAACAAAAGACAAUGGAGGUAAAUCAAUCAGCACAGCUGAUGAACUGUAAAACCACAGCCAACAAUCAUCAAGCAGACUGAUCCAACUCACUUGGUAGGUGGAGAAGAGCAGUCGGACUGGAUGUUUUCUCCGUGACUCUAGCAUCCUUCCAAGGCACGGCUGCACUGCUGUAGCAAUCGGUUCCUUUUUAAGCUUUAAUUUCUGUAAAAAGAAAAAAAAACAACUGAAUAUUGCAAAAAAUAUUGUCAGUUGUGAAAACAUCCUCAGAUGCAUCCAGAGCUGUUUUGUGUGUUCACAGUACUUAUGCAGUACCUUAUUGCCUAAUUUAUUACCCAACUGAACAUAAUAGCCUUUGGUGCUACGGUGUGCACGUGGAUGUUUCAACACAAUCACUGCAUAUUUGAGAGAAAAGCAUUUUAUCUGUCAGGACUCACAUGUUUAAGAAAUGAAUUCUCCUCUGCUGUGUCAUCAGUGUAUCGAGUUUCAACAGGACAAUGGCUGAUGUAUUGAGGAAUGUAAAAGACUAACGCAGAGGAGUGUUUUUCUGUUUCUUUUUCUCCAGGAAUAUUUAAGUCCUGUUGUGCCUACUCUUUACUUUUCCCUUGCAGUUCUUACUCAAGCCCUUUUCUGAAAAAAAAGAAGUUCUAGUCUGGUACCUUUCAACUGGAUGACAUGGUUUACUUUUGAUAUUUAUUUGAGCCAAAUUGUGAGGAAAUGUACGCAUAUACCCAAAAUCUUUGAGCAUUUCUCGCUACCUUUUCUUUUUUUAUAUAUAUAAAUAUAUAUGCAGUAUAUAUACCAUGUUUUGUUGUUAAGUAUAAAUUUGGAAUUUGUGUAAUAUAUUGUUACUAAAUUAUAAAAAACAAAACCUUUAAUGUAAUUAUUUUGUCUUCCAAUGUAGCUUUGAUGCACUAAAAACCUUUAUUCCUUAUGAACCACGCCCAACAGAUUCUGUUAGUGAGAUGAUGUAUCAAGAGCCAUUAUCUUCUAAACAAUUUCCAAAUUGUCUUCCUGCGCUAAAUGAGUCAUUUGCUUAAACUUUGCACUAUGUUUGAACUCUUAUAUCUCUUUUAUGGUUUUGCAUUUACAAAUAUUUGAAAGUCUGCAGAGCUAAAUAUUUUUUAAAAAUUCCUGCGCACACUUAAAAGUGUCCUUUUAAAAAAUCCUUCACCAAAUAAUUAAUGAUUUCAUGAUAAGACACACACACACAUUCCUACACCACAGGUGUGUGUGCACAUUCCCCCUGUCCUGAGGGCGUAUUCCCCCUGCAGUUACACAUGUGAUCCCUCUAUCCAUGGAGGGGGAAGAGUGUGAGGAUGAGGGGUUAGAAGGAGGCAAUGGGGUCAGAGUGGUAUCUUCUUACCAACACCUAGUGCAGUUAUGCAAGAAAAACCUUCCCUUGUUGUGUACAGGUUCCUUUGUUCUGAAUAAUCAACGAGUGCUUUGAAGCCUUUAUGGCCUUCUGUCUUUGCUGAUCAUCAGUGCCAGGGGCUCAUGGCUCUGCCAAUAAUUCAUACACCUGCACAGAUCAUCUUGAUCAGAUGAUCUGUCAGAUCAUUCAAUAUGAGCCACACUAUGGCAUUUACAGCAGGUAUCAGGUGUCAACAUUUACCUGGAAAGUCUUCCUUAAGAAGGGAGAUGAUUAGCAUUCAUGACUCUGUGAGAUGGGUAUUUAGCAGCUACACAAGUAAGAUUCAAUUUCAAAAUGAAUAGUGAUCCAAAGAUAGCAUUUAGCUCAGGUAUAAGUAAGUUAUGAAAGGUAUUUUGCUGACCCUCUGCCUUAUUCCAAUUUUUUAACAAUCAGUAACAAUGUCUCAUUCCUUCUUCCCUUUGAUUUCGAGUAAACCACAUUUCCUGCUCUCUCCUCUGGAGCCUUUAUAUGGUAAAAGACCUUACUUUACUAUGGGCAAAUCAUGCAGCUAGAGAAACCACAUAGGUAUUUAUAUUUGUGUGGUUCCUUCAAAAAACAAAAAAAACAAAAACCAAAGAUCUUCACAACUGCCUGUAAUACAGUUUGGAUGUUAAUGAUGGGAAAGAUGUGUGGUAAAUGAAUCAUUUCUUGAUUGAUCAUUCUUUAUGCAAAACUAGAAAGUCAAAAUGUACAAAUGAACUGUAUUUGAUUGUAUAUUGGAUUAAAGAGCACAACGUUACAUUUUCUUUUAUUUCUUUUUAAAAGACUCCCCUUUUCCUUUUCAUAUAACAAAAUGUUAACGUCAUCUUGCUGUCUUCAUUUCUCUUUAUGCUCAAAGCAUGUACAUCUGAAACUGAUAUGUUAAUUUAAGAAUCUCAUCUAUGUAUGUAAUAUCGUUAAUGCUUCCAUAUUGAGUGCUUGUACAAUUUGCCGAUAAUGUAGUUUUUAAUCAUUUUAAUUAAAAAACGUGUCUCAA